CCCUCACUAAUAAGCAGUAUACAUCUCCUCCCUUCGUCCUCUGCUGUGACAAUCAACACGUCUGUACACUGCAUUGUUUGGUUUGGAGAGAGAUCAGGACAGUUUGUGUGUGCGCGUGUGAACGUGUGCACACAUGCUGCCAGCUCAGAGAUCCAUCAGACAACAACCCAAAUCUGUUUGAACUGCCGUUUCACUUUGUCAGUAGGUCACAGACAGACAUGCAGCUGAAUGAGGUUUUCUUGUUUAUAAGGUACAUCAUGUCUCUCAAAUUAAUGGGCCGUUGUUUCUGAGCCUGAAAACAAAGGAACCUUGGCAAAUUCAAAGUGUACCGGAUUGGAAAGAAACAAUUGCCCUUUUUUGAGUUCCUUGCUGCUGCUAACAAUAGUUUCAUGUAGGGCUGCAACAAGUGAUUAUUUUCAUUGUUGAUAAAUCUGCUGACUAUUUUUCUUGUUUAACCGACUAAUCAUUUGGACUAUAAAACAUCAGAAAACUGUGGAAACUGCCCAUUACAUUAUCCUGAGCCACACAGUGAUGCCAAUCAAAUGUCUUGUUUUGUCUUUCCAAAUAUUCACUACUAUAUUGUAAAACCAAGAAAAUUAGUGAAUGCUCACAUUUGAAAACCUGGAACCAUCAAAUUACAUUUUUUGCUUAAAAAGUGACUUAAAUGAUUAAUUGAUUAUCAGAAUUGUUCCUGAUAAAUUAUUUUUUGGAUUGAUUAAUCGUUGCAGCUCUAGUUUCGUGCAUCUCUUCGAUCAUUUGUUUUGUGUUCUUUUUGUUUCCUGACCAAAAUAAGGUAUGUCUGGCUUGGUCCUCUGUGUGUGUUCAGCAUUGUUUAAUUCUCCCCUUCAAGUUAUUUAAAGGAGUGCUAGCAUACAGCUGGGGGGACACAACAAGAGACAGAUUUUUAAAAAGAAGCUCAAAAUCAAAGCAGCAGAAGCCAAGAUAUCCUGACUAAUAUGGGUCAAUUAGCACUUUCCUGCCUCCUAAAUGCCCACCCUCCUUUAAACUUCACAUACUCAGUUUGUAACUCAUGCUUUAUAUUAAAAGUGUUAAAUCUGAAGCCCAGGUGGAGAUAACUGAUAACAUCACUAUGACAUUGUCGGGGUUAUAACUUUGUUAAACAGGACGGACUGACCAGCAUGUCAGCACUGUGUGAUCUUAAUUAUGACCAAGACCACCACAAUUCAAAUUAGCUUUAUUGGCAUGAAUUCAAUAUGUGUCACGAAAUAGUUGAGAGAAGGUUUUUCACUGGAAAGUUUACAUAAGGAAAUAUUACGAUUGUAUAAAGCUUUACUAAUAUGUUGAAACAAAAUACUUUGUUGCAAAAAAGACAUCAAAGACCAGUUGAGGAGCUAAAUUUCAAAAGUAAAGCAAAUUUAAAACCCAAAUAUAAUUGCAAAGGAGAAAACUCAGAACAUGGCAUGUUGCUUGCAUAUAAUCUGGUCAGCUUUUAACGAAAUUUAUAUUUAAGAUUCUGAAGGGUCUGCAAACCUAAUUGAUUUUAAGUUGUGAAGGAGAAAUGAAUAUCUGUACAAGGAAGAUACAGCAGACUUAAGUGGGUCCCGUGCUUGAAUCGCUCGCCAUGUGAAGAACAGAAAGAGGAACUGUUUGUUUUUCCUUACAUUAUUGUAACUCACGAGUUUUCAAAUGCACUCAUGACCACACUUUGACUAUUCAUCUAAUUUAGUCUACACCGGAGGCGUGUACAUUGCAAAGCUGUAUAAUAACUUUAAAGACAAAACAAAUACCCAGCUGGUGCAAUGUUGACACAGGGUGCACCAGUACGCUUUUUACGCGUUAUUAGCCGCCCGUCAGUGUAUCCCGUGCCGCUGAUCGCUCAAAAAGCUUUUGUUGGCGAUGAAAGCUAAACCGCUUCAGCUGACCAGCGUAGGAUCCAGCUUGGCAUAAUCCGCUACACUGCGUUUAUUAUAUGAUUUGUAGGAGAUCUAAUUGGGGAGACUUUUUUUUUUUUGGAGAUGCUCAGACCAAGGUUGAACUGUGUUUUUGCUCAGCGUCUGUUAGUGUAACUAUUUUCAGUAUGUAUUUGUAAAUAUGACAACGACAGAUCUCUAAUUGUGAAUAAAGGAAGUUUUAUCACAGGAAUCAAAUCAAUCAUGGAGCAGUUUGUGCCUGCUGAUCGGUCUUUAUCAGUCUGCAGGCGGAUAUGUUACGCAGCGGGACAUUUUCUAAACGACCUGUGCGCCUCCAUGUGGUUCACAUAUCUGCUGGUCUAUUUCCACUCCGUGCUCGGCUUCCAGAGCACCUAUGCAGGUGUGAUGCUGCUGAUUGGUCAAAUAGCGGACGGCGUCUGUACGCCUCUGGUUGGAUAUGAAUCCGACAGAACACCGGGCAUCUACGGCAAGAGAAAAUCCUGGCAUCUGCUGGGAACUGUUUGUGUUUGUGUAUCUUUCCCCUUCAUUUUCAACCCCUGCCUGGCCUGUCACGACAACGCUCCUCAGUGGGCUCAGAUUGUUUACUUUUCCCCCUUCAUCAUCGUCUUCCAGUUUGGCUGGGCCGCCACUCAGAUCUCGCACCUCUCCCUCAUCCCGGAGCUGGUGUCCACUGAGAGCGGCAAGGUGGAGCUGACUGCAUACAGAUAUGCCUUCACCGUGGUGGCAAAUAUCACAGUGUAUGCUGUGGCCUGGCUGCUCUUUCACUUCCAGGCUCAGCACAAUGUGGACCCCUCCAUCACAGACGCCGCCCUGGGCAAGGUGGACAUCCCUCUCUUCAGGACGCUGGCCCUCAUUAUGCUGGGUACUGGAGCGUUAUUCUCUCUGAUAUUCCACGUCGGCACAAAAGAGAAUGCAUCAACCUCAGGGACAGAGCGUCAGCUGAUCACACCUUCCACCUCACAGGAAGCGUUGCCUCGUCCUGUAUUUCAGUGGAACAACUGGCUGAAGGAGCCCUCCUUCUACCAGAUGGCUUUCCUUUAUAUGUGCACAAGACUAAUAGUCAACUUAUCUCAGACCUACAUCUCACUUUACCUCACCAACUCAUUGAUGUUACCAAAGAACUUCAUUGCCAUCAUACCUCUUGUGAUGUAUUUCAGCGGCUUUGUUUGCUCUCUGGCCAUGAAACCAGUCAGCAAGCUCAUAGGAAUCAGUAUUACCUAUUUGGCCGGCCUGUUGUUGGUGCUUGGCUUUGCUACCUGGGUGUUUGUGGACAAGAACAUUGCAUCUGAGAGGAUCUAUGGAGCAGCCGUGGUGCUGGGAAGCGGUUCAGCCACAAUCCUGGUCAUGUCAUUGUCCAUGACAGCCACGCUCAUCGGGGAACGGACGCAAAGUGGAGCCUUUGUUUAUGGGUCGAUGAGCUUCACAGACAAGGUGGCGAAUGGCGUGGGGGUCAUCCUCAUUCAGAGCUUCAGACCAUGCAGCACAGAGGCCUGCUGCCCAGACUGUGUUUGGUUUUAUCGUGACGUCAUGGUGACAGUAACUGGGGGCGUGGCUGUAGCUGCAGCACUUUGCCUAUUCACAAUUCUAAUCUGGCCAAUCAGGAUACAGAACAGUUAGGGUUCAAGAUCUACACUACAUUCAUUGGGUGUUAUUGUCUCUCUCUCACACACACACCCGCACAGACAGAAAACAUGUCAUGUCAGAGAUUUAAUAACCUAAGGUAUUAAGUCAGAGGCAGGUGUGUUUUGGAUUUCUCUUUAGAUUUAGCUUUUUUUCUGUUUAAACCAACUCAGCUGGAUACAGAGCACACUGGUAUUUAAGCUCAUUAAGGAUCAUGCCUUUCUUACUAAUCUAUAAAAAUAUUUGGACAUAAUUUACUUUGAUUAAAUAAAUUAAAUAAAUAUUUUGUCAUUUUGACUUCUGGAAAGGAAAGCCUUUGUGGCUGGACAUGGGGAAAUGGUGCAGAGAAUAAAGCCAUGCUACCACCUAGUGUAUGAACAUGUAACUACACUGCUUUCUUCAAAUGAAAUUAAAUCUCCACAUCAUAGGUGAAGGUUUUGACCAGAAAAAUGUCUUUAAAUUGAUUUAGGUGCAUAGAAGAAAUGUAAGAAUUGAAGUCACAAACUCAUAAAUACAACGUGUUUCAUAUAGAUAUCUAGACAAACUCAGUCAAGGGCAACUGGAUUUGCUUUAGAUGUUGCCCUUAACUCAGUAUUUCUAAAUAUUCCAUGACCAGGACGACUCACUAUCUUCACAGACAUUUCAUAUACAUGAGACGCAUUUUUGUAAUAUAAUGUGAUCCGGCCUCUGCCUUGGCUUUCUACUGUGAAUGAAGCCAAAUGUUUUCAUUGACCUGGCAGGGAUUAUGGCGCUGUGCCAAGGAAAUGAACUGAGUGAACUUGAUUUCUCUUGCGUGAGUUUGUAUGUGAGACCGUAAGCAUGAGAGGUAAUACAUUCCUGACCCUUAUUAUUUGCACCACACAAAAUGACCCAAACACUGGUUGUUUGGGAAAGUAAAAUGAAAAUAUACCACACUGUAGACAUACAGUAUAAUAAAGUUGUAGACAAUUCCUGACAUGUAUAUUCUUUAGCUCUGUUUAAAACAGGGACAACAUUAUAUAAGAUUAUGCAUCCAAGUGGCUAUCACGUUUAUAUUUGAUGCAUUAAAAACAGUAAUAUCAAGUUAAGGGUAUGUUUUCUACAAAUUCUAUAAAUGGGUUUUAAUAAACCUUUUCUGACGCUAUUAUGAUUGUAUCUCAGAUUCUCCAGUGGAAUCGUAGAGUACUUCUUUGACCCAGAGCUUUAACGAGGAAGGUUUCACUGACUUCCAGUGAAGGAGAAUUAGACUUCAGGCAAGCAACAUUACAAAUGCUAUAGCAUUUUCCUGGAAACAUAGAAAACUGAAUUCUGUUUGAUAAUUUUGUUUAUUCCAUCAUAAUGUUGCAUUCUUUUAAAAUAUUA